AUGUCUGCUGCAGGGCAAGGAACCUUUCGAAAUCGAACCGUGGGCCGUGGUCAGAUUCCCUUCGAUGGGAGCCCUUCUGGUAUCCCUCGCAAGGUCGAAACGCCUCCUGUCCCCCAGUCAGCUACCUCCGAUGUUGGCAGCAGCUCGGCGUUGAGUACAAGUAGACAGAAACAGACCAAGCGUGAUGAGGCUAUCAGAAAGAAAAUGGAAGCAGACCUCAAUAAAAAGAGACAUAACCCUACACGAGCUCGACAUACUCGCAAAGCACCCCCCGGUACUGUCAUGGCUCUUAAACCCAGCCAUGCUCUCCAGAUUAAGCCCAACACCACGGUCGCGGAGGCUGCGCAAUUGAUGGCUGCAAAGAGAGAGGAUUGCGUUCUCGUGACGGAUGAGGACGAACGCAUUGCGGGUAUAUUCACCGCGAAGGAUUUGGCCUUUAGAGUUGUUGGUGCCGGUAUCAGGGCUCGGGAUGUUACAAUUGCAGAAAUCAUGACCAAGAACCCUCUCUGUGCGAGAACUGACACCAGCGCUACCGAUGCGCUGGACCUGAUGGUCCGGAAGGGAUUCAGGCAUUUACCUGUCAUGGAUGAAAACCAGGAUAUAUCUGGAAUUCUUGACAUUACCAAGUGCUUCUACGAUGCUAUGGAGAAGCUAGAGAGGGCAUACAGUUCAUCUCGCAAGCUGUAUGAUGCCCUCGAGGGCGUGCAGUCGGAAUUGGGCUCUAAUCAGCCACAACAAAUUAUCCAGUACGUCGAGGCGCUGCGGCAGAAGAUGUCCGGUCCAACAUUGGAGACCGUUUUGAAUGGACUUCCACCGACAACAGUGUCGGUACGCACGUCCGUUAGGGAGGCUGCUGCGUUGAUGAAAGAGAAUCACACCACCGCAUUGCUUGUGCAGGAUCAGGGUUCGAUUACUGGUAUAUUCACGAGUAAAGAUAUUGUUCUUCGCGUGAUUGCCCCUGGGUUGGAUCCCAACACCUGUAGCGUUGUUAGAGUCAUGACUCCUCAUCCGGAUUUCGCUCCGACUGAUAUGAGCAUUCAGGCUGCUCUUCGGAAAAUGCAUGAUGGACACUAUCUCAACCUCCCUGUAAUGAACGAGGCUGGAGAGAUUGUUGGCAUGGUCGAUGUGCUGAAGUUAACCUAUGCUACGCUUGAACAAGUCAAUACGAUGUCAUCAAACGAAAGCGAAGGACCGGCGUGGAAUAAGUUCUGGCUUUCCAUGGACCAUGAGUCCGAUUCCAUAAUAUCCGGUAGCCACGGCGGCCAUCAGGUCUCGACCCCCAUCCGCUCCGUCGUUAGUCCCGAACUUUCCAGGACACAUGUUGAGCGGGAAAAUAGCGUCCUCCCGAACGAUUCCGCUUCGCAUCAUGGCGACGAUGCCGCCUCAGAUGUCCUGGAGCCCCGCGUAGCUCACAAUGAGGACACACCGUUCCCAUUCAAAUUCAAAGCCCCCAGCGGACGAGUUCACAGGCUGCACGUUACACCUUCAGCAGGUGUGUCGGACCUCGUUUCACAGGUCUCCCUGAAGCUGGGGCCUGAGGUCGAAGCCGUUGGUGGCUACGCUCUGGUAGAAGAUGGCAAACUGAGCAAUUCGGGCUAUGCGUUGAGUUAUGUGGACAACGAAGGGGAUACAGUGUCCAUAACAACAGAUCAGGAUCUUUGGGAUGCCGUCACUCUGUCUAGGAGUAGCAAUAUGGACAAGGUAGAUCUUUAUGUCCAUGAUCCGGAAAAGCAGCCUGUUAUUGCCACACCUCCCCCUCCUCCUGUUGCUCAGCAGGUGCCUUCCGUGUCCUUGAAACCAGCCACGCCGCCUGGGGCGAUUGAAGAGGAAGAAGAGCAGAGUAAUGUGGGCAAUCGAAGUUCUGUUACAGACAGGUCGCAGACUAUUGUGCGUUUCCCGACAGCAGAGCAGUUGAUAAACGGGGUACCCAAUGAGCUUAUUCUGCCAGGUGCCAUUGUGACAUUGGCUGUGGCUAUAGUUGGUGUGUUUGUUCUCAGCCGAAUAGGCAAUCGAUAG